CAUCCCUGGGCAACACUGAAGAAGCCUGUUUACAGUAAACCAUCAUCUGUCUUGAUCAUAAUUUCUAUAUCUACAUCUACAGGCCAUCUGUCCAUAUAGAAGACCUGACCAUCUCCAUGUCUAAUCAAUCCACUGUCAUAGAGUUUGUCCUCCUCUGUUUUCCAGAUCUCCAACAGGACUUUCAUAUUCCAGUCUCCAUUACAAUGUUUCUUGUCUACUGUGUAUCAUUGGUGGCAAAUAGCAUUGUUAUCACACUGAUCAUUCAUAGGCGUCAAUUACACCAGCCAAUGUAUAUCAUCAUCAAGAACCUCUCCAUUUCUGAUCUGCUCUUUGACACAAUAACAUUACCAAAAAUGAUUGCCAAAUACUGGUUCGGUGCAGGAUCUAUCUCUUAUUAUCCAUGUAUGUUUCAGAUGUUCUUUGUCCAUUACCUUGGCAGUAUUGACUCCCUCAUCAUUAUGCUAAUGGCUAUUGAUCGUUAUGUUGCUAUCUGCAGACCCCUGCGAUAUCACUCCAUUAUCAGCAAUAAACUGGUGACUAUUAUCUGUAACUGCUUCUGGAUGUUUGAUGCCACUAGAGUAUCAAUAACUGCCGUCCUUGCUGCAAAACUUCUUUACUGUGGACCUAAUAAAAUCAAAAGCUGUUUCUGUUCCAUUACAUUUCUAAUGCCUUUGGCCUGUGAGGACCAUACAUCAGUAAGAACACUGAGCUAUAUUUUUGCCAUGGUGGCACUCCUCCUGCCAUUGUCUAUAAUUAUAGUCUCAUAUAUUUUCAUAAUAAGAGCUGUACAUUUAGCAGCCGGCAGUGAGAACUGGCAGAAGGCGUUUUACACUUGUGUAACUCACUUAUUUGUUAUUGGCUUGUAUUAUAUCCCCAGGGUGUUUGUGUAUAGUACAAGUCACAUCUCUAUGGUUGAUGCUAAUAUAAAUGUCUUAAUUCUUUGUCUCUACACAUAUAUUCCCCAUGUAGCCAACCCUAUUAUAUAUUGUCUUAGAACCAAAGAAAUCAGAACCAUACUCGAACAAAUAUCCCAGAAAAUAUUAGACUCAAAAACAAAACACAAGGUGUCCACACUUCAGUUGUCUUCCUAGUAUUGCCAGUACCUCAUUCAAUAGGUUUGUCCUGUUUAA